CGAUAUAGUUUGAAAAUUUAUCAUAAAAAAGUUAUAUUUAAUUGCGUACCAAUUAGAUAAAAUUCUAUAAACAAUGACUGGAAAGCUGGCAUCGGACGGUGUUGAUCAGAAGGCAAAAGAAAAAACAAAGAAAAAAGAAAAAAUGUUUUUCCCUACAAAGCUAGUGGUACGAAGAUUACCACCAACCCUUUCAGAAGAAGAAUUUCUGAAGGAAUUGGGAAAUUUACCUGAACACAAUUUUUUCAGAUUUGUGGCAGCUGAUAAAAGUUUCAGCACACAGAGUUAUACUAGAGCUUAUAUCAACUUUAAAGAUUACACUGACGUCUUUGAUUUUCGUAAUAAAUUUGAUGGAUACAUUUUCUUCGAUACUAAAGGUAGAGAGUACAGUGCUGUUGUUGAGUUUGCGCCUUGUCAACAAGUACCCAAGGAGAGAAAGAAAAAAGACCACAAAGCAAACACUAUUGAAAAGGAUCCGGAUUAUUUGCAAUUUCUUGAACAACUUGAACAAGAAGAAGAACGACUGCCAAGUGCAGAAAUUUAUAUUGAAGAAAUUGAGGCCAUCAAAGCAGUUGACAAAAAUAAACAGAAGAUCUCCACUCCAUUAACUGAGUUUUUGAAAGAAAAAAGAGAUGCUAGAAUCGCUGCAAGACAAGCCGCUAUUGCUCAGAAAGAAAAGGAAAGAAAGAUGAAGAUCGAAAGAGAAAGAGAGAAGCGAAGAGAACGUGAAAAGGAGAAGGAGCGGGAAAGAAAGCUAAAACAAGAAGAAAAAAAGGCGGACAAAACAGAAAGGAAGUCACCAGAGAAGUCAUAUCGUGAAACAAGAAAGGCGAAUGAAAAGAAAGAUAGUAAAAAGGAUGCCACGAGCAGUGGUGAAUAUCGUAAAGAGCGUGAACCAGACAGCAAAAACAAGGAGAAAAAGGGCACUGAAAAGUAUUCUGACAAACCUCGCAAUGAUAAAGACAAGUUUUCAAAGGCACCCGACACAGAACGGGAAACCUAUAAAGAUCAAGAAAAAGAUCGAACGCCAAGAGAAAAGGAACGAUAUAGCUCGAAGGAAAGAUCUAGGGGAAAAGAUAAGUAUCACGAUGAUCGAUAUUACGACGAAAAGUAUAAGCGACCUCGCGAAAAAACGAAGGAACGAAAAGAUAACGAAGAUUACGAAUUUACAAAGCCACGAGAAAAGACCCAGAAAGCGAGAGAAAACGAGAAAAAAUCAAGCGAUGAUAAAUAUAAACAAGAUAAUGAAAAGCAGGUGAAGACCAUGGGUGAGGAAGAAAAAGCAAAAUCUACCACAGAAGAUCUGAGUUCGGCUGCAAGUAAUGAAUCAGUUAAGGACAAAAAGUCGGAAGAAACAGCUGUAAAUGAUCGUGCGAGUCCUACAAAAAAUAAAAAGCCAAGACCAGAGAUGAAGAUCUAUCGACCACCGUCCGCUAGUAGAAAUAUUGACACCAAAGACAAGGAUGAUAGAAGUGGAAAAGAGAACGACAAGGACAGAAAAAAACCCGAUAAAAGUAAACCAAGUCGUGAUCGAAAUCGAGACGAUCGUUAUUCUCGAUCUAAUCGAGAAAAAUACGAUAAGUAUGAUCGGUACGAUAAAUAUGAUCGAGACCGCCACAACGAUCGUACUUAUAGCGAUAAUCGUAGAAAGACUGAUCGAAGAAGCGGUGACGGCGGGCGCACUUCACGUAGUGAGCAUGAAAAGGAUGCUGAUAAAACGCGCGAAAAAAAAGUUGAUCAAGAUCAAGAAAAACGGAGGAAAGACAACGAAAAAACGCCUGAAAAGAGCUCAGUCGCCGAGGAGAAGAAAGAUAUCGAUAAGGAGCGAGCAAAAGAACUGGAACAGGAACGUUAUAGGAGAAAUUGGCUUGGUGAUGAGCCAUGAUUUUAUUUUUUAUUAACACUAUUUCUCUACUGGCUUUCACCCUUCCUAAUAGCAUAAGUAACAUCUUUUUACUUUACACAAAUGGCUUCUUUAAGUGUGUAUAUAAAUUAAUUAAGUUUUCGUUUAAAGCGUUUAACCUUCUCGACUCAUCCAAGGAACAAAUUGUUUAUCGACAAAUUGUGUAUAUAAUUUAUCAACAAUCAAAUGUUACAUUCAAAAA